CUUACGUGGCUCGCAGAUGCUUUUGUAGGUCCCCAGAUAGAAAUCAAGGACCUUCCUUGCAGAAGCGUAAGAGUCAUCAAGACAUUCGCUCACUGAUGCUGUACACAAGCCGUCCUGGAUUUGGUAUGGCAGAACAGGAAAUAGCCACAGAUGCCCCCGAAAGCAAGACCGAGGACAGCAGCCAGUACGAGUACGACUUGUUCAUCUCCUGCCAUGUCAAACAACUACCAUGGAUUAUAGAGGUGUUACUCCCUGCCUUAGAAAAUCCCCCACUUUCCUUGAAGGUUUACGUGUUCGAGAGGAAUUCCCUCCCUGGCGAGGUGAUCGCUGACGCCCUCACCACGGCUGCACACACAAGCCGCAAGUCCAUCCUGGUCUUCACAGAGGACUACCUGGAGGGGGAGUGGAACCAGUUCGAGGCUAACAUGGCGCAGGCCACCAGCCCAGGCAGCAACACCCGCUGUAUCCCCCUGAAGCUACACCCGUGCGAGAUCCCGGACAGGUUCCAGAGCUACCACCCGCUGGACUGCACCAGUCCGAUCAUGAGGAGGUUCUUCUGGUUCAAACUUCUCAAGGCGUUGGACUGUGGGGUGGACCAUCACGCGCACCUUCUUCAGAUGAAGUAUCCGUUUCGGACACCUUCACACUAACAAGAUGGACCUGUUAACCAGGACACCGACUGUAUAUGCCUGUACAUAGCUCACCAUUUGACAUUUGUCACCGUCUGCUGAUGUCGACCCUAUAAAGUACCCCAUUGGUGACAUUCAACUACAACUACAUAAUAGACAUAACAUGAUAGAGAUAAGUGUUACGUGUAGUUAGUAAUGCCUGGCCAUUGAUCGACUAUCAUCCUCCUCAGAGUGGCAGAUUAAUACGGAACGCGUCGUCAAGUACAUUACAUGCACUUUUAAUAGUUGGCACGAUUGUACAUUAUUUAUUAUCGCAUUAAUAUUUUUGAACAUCAACAUAAUCCCACGACCUUGUUGUUGGAUUCACAUUGGAUUAUACACAUUAUAUGUUAUUGGGUGUACAUUAUUUCAUAGAUAAGCCCAACGGGGCUUGGUGCUAUUAGAUACAGGAUCGUCAUCUUGCAUUAAUUCAGUUCGCAUAACUAUCAUUAUUGAUAUUAGUUAUCAUUUACUCCUGAAGGAAAUUAAA